UCCAAGCUGGGGCAGGCAAGCUUCAGCCCCAGCAACUCCCAGCUGCAGUGCCUGCUGGUCCAGCCUCCGCUCCGGUGACCGCGCCGUGCCCUGAAUCCCGGGAAUCCGUCUCCAGCUGCGGCGACGCGGCAGGCGCCUCCCCUUCUUGGGGACAUGAUCUCCACAUUCUCCUGCGUGAAGUCCUAUGAGGACCAGAGCUACUCAGCGCUGAAGCGGGCUUGUCUGCGCAGGAAGGUGCUCUUUGAGGACCCUCACUUUCCUGCCACUGACGACUCGCUCUACUAUAAGGGUACCCCAGGACCCACCGUCAGGUGGAAGAGGCCCAAGGAUAUCUGUGAUGAUCCCCGCCUCUUUGUAGAUGGCAUCAGCUCCCACGACCUGCACCAGGGCCAGGUGGGCAACUGCUGGUUUGUGGCUGCCUGCUCAUCACUCGCCUCUCGAGAAGCACUCUGGCAAAAGGUCAUCCCAGACUGGAAGGAGCAGGAAUGGGACCCUGAGAACCCUGAUGCCUAUGCUGGCAUCUUCCAUUUCCAAUUCUGGCGCUUCGGGGAGUGGGUGGAUGUGGUCAUCGAUGACCGGCUGCCCACAGUCAACAACCAGCUUAUUUACUGCCACUCCAACUCCAGAAAUGAGUUCUGGUGUGCCCUGGUGGAGAAGGCCUAUGCCAAGCUGGCAGGCUGUUACCAGGCCCUGGAUGGAGGCAACACGGCAGACGCACUAGUAGAUUUCACAGGUGGUGUUUCCGAACCCAUCGACCUGACCGAGGGGGACUUCGCCAACGAUGAGGCCAAGAGGAAUCAGCUCUUUGAACGGGUGCUGAAGGUGCACAGCAGAGGUGGCCUCAUCAGUGCCUCCAUCAAGGCUGUGACAGCAGCUGACAUGGAGGCCCGCCUGGCAUGUGGCCUGGUGAAGGGCCAUGCAUAUGCUGUCACUGAUGUGCGCAAGGUGCGCCUGGGCCGCGGCUUGCUGGCCUUCUUCAAGUCAGAGAAGCUGGACAUGAUCCGCCUGAGGAACCCGUGGGGCGAGCGGGAGUGGAACGGGCCCUGGAGCGACACCUCAAAGGAGUGGAAGAAAGUGAGCAAGAGUGAGCGGGAGAAGAUGGGCGUGACUGUGCAGGACGAUGGCGAGUUUUGGAUGACCUUCGAGGACGUGUGUCAGUACUUUACCGACAUCAUUAAGUGCCGUCUGAUUAACACAUCCUACCUGAGCAUCCAUAAGACAUGGGAGGAGGCCCAGCUGCGGGGCGCCUGGACGAGACAUGAGAACCCACAGCAGAACCGCAGUGGAGGCUGCAUUAACAACAAGGACACUUUCUUCCAGAACCCACAGUACAUAUUUGAAGUCAAGAAGCCAGAAGAUGAAGUACUGAUCUGCAUUCAGCAGCGGCCCAAGCGUUCAACUCGCAGAGAAGGCAAAGGCGAGAACCUGGCUAUUGGCUUUGACAUCUAUAAGGUGGAAGAGAACCGCCAGUACCGAAUGCACAGCCUACAGCAUAAGGCUGCCAGCUCCAUCUAUAUCAACUCGCGUAGCGUUUUCUUGCGGACAGAGCAGCCAGAGGGCCGCUAUGUCAUCAUCCCUACCACCUUUGAGCCAGGCCACACUGGCGAGUUCCUGCUCCGAGUCUUCACAGAUGUACCCUCCAACUGCCGGGAGCUGCGCCUGGAUGAGCCCCCUCAUACCUGUUGGAGCUGUCUGUGUGGCUACCCCCAGCAAGUGACCCAGGUCCAUGUCCUACAGGCUGCUGGCCUCAAGGGCUCCGCAACAGGGGCAAACUCAUAUGUGAUCAUCAAGUGUGAGGGCGAAAAGGUUCGCUCAACUGUGCAGAAAGGGACCUCGACACCAGAGUACAAUGUGAAAGGCAUCUUCUAUCAAAAGAAGCUGGCUCAGCCCAUCACCGUGCAGAUUUGGAAUCGCCGCCUCCUGAAGGAUGAAUUCCUGGGCCAGGUGUGCCUAAAGACUAACCCGGAUGACCUGCAGGCCCUCCACACCCUCCACCUCCAGGACCGCAGUCGGCAGCCCAGAGACUUGCCAGGGACCAUAGCCGUGCGCAUCCUUAGCAGUGCCUCUCUCAGGGCUGUGUGACACCGGCCACCUGCCUGGCCCUGCUAGCUCUCACCACUACUUGCAUGUCCCCACCUGGCCUGGGACCAGCCCGGGAACCAGAUUCUGGGGCCCUUUCCCCACUCUUCACUGACCCACUGUGUGACCUGAGGAGAGCCCCGCCCCUCUCUGAACCUCAGUGUUUGGAGAACGUUUUCUUGCCUAAGAUUUCAAGUAGCUCUCUAGCCAGUGGGCACUGCUGCUAAGGGGCUGUCUGUUGGCAACAUUUCCCCCAGGCCCUGCCACCUGCCGAGGAGUGCCAAGAUGUCACUUGUUUACACAAAAACUGCCAUGUCCCAAGCCCCUUCCCUCCCCUUGUUUCCUAGCCCC